CGUCACUGCUGACGUCACCCAGCUACGAGUGACUGGCUGGUUUCAAGAUGGCGCUGCGGCCAGGAUCUGGAGGAGGCAGCAGUUUCAUGUAUCCUGUUGGAGGAGGUCUGGGGCCGCCUCAAGGUCUGGUCCCCAUGCAGCAGCAACAGCAGCAGCAGCAACAACAACAGCAGGGUUUCCCUAUCGUUCCUGUCAUGCAGCCGAACAUGCAAGGCAUGAUGGGAAUGAACUUUGGGGGUCAGAUGAAUCCUGGAGCCAUGACCAUGCAGGGUGGGAUGGCGAUUGGGAUGCAGGCGCCUGGGAUGCAGUUCCUGGGUCAGCCUCAGUUUAUGGGUAUGAGACCUGCAGGACCUCAGUUCACAGCUGACAUGCAGAAACAGAUGGCUGAGGAGCAUCAAAAGCGUCUAGAGCAGCAGCAAAAGAUGUUGGAGGAAGACAGGAAGAGACGACAGUUUGAGGAACAGAAACAGAAGCUGAGACUGCUCAGCAGCGUCAAACCCAAGACGGGGGAGAAGAGCCGCGACGACGCCUUGGAGGCAAUCAAAGGCAACCUGGACGGCUUCAGCCGAGACGCAAAGAUGCACCCGACACCGUCGUCACAGACAAAGAAGCCAGACUCAUCGCCAUCACACUCGUCUGUCACCACUCACUUCCUCCCCCCGCCUUUGUCCGAGGACAAUGAUGAGUUUAGUGACUUUCAGGGGCCUGUAGAUGGCCCGGCCUCCUUCCCUCUGCCCUCCUCCUCUUCCUCCGUCUCCACCUCCACUACUUCCUCCGCCACCUUUGGCCUCUCCUCUCAGAACCACGUCCAGCCGCCGCCCCCCGCCCCCAGCACAGGUUUAACUGAGGACAAUGACGACUUUAGUGACUUUGUCCGGGGCCCUGAAAACGCCCUCUCUUCCUCCAACUUCCACCUCUCCUCUCAGGACCAAAUCCAACCUUCACUCCCUUCCUCACAGUCCCUCCCUCAGUCCCUCCCCACUUGUGUGUCCAUUCCGACUGCCUCCCAACACUCUGCUGUCAACACCAGCUCCCACUCUGCAUUUCAAGGCCCAUCCCUGGAACAGAAGCUGUUCUCCUCGUGUGAUUUUUCCGCUGAUAUGACGGCCCAUGUUAGCUUUAAAUCCAGGCAGAGUUUGGCUGAAAUGGGUCCUAGAGCUAAAGUUGCCGCUCAGUUUCAACCCAGCACUAAAUCCAGGAACUGGGCUGCGGCCCCCAAGGACUUGAGUUCUCUAUUCAUCCAAGCGAAACCACCCGAGGCCCCGGUGCCAGCAGCACCCAGCGUACUCCCGGUGUCAGGUGUUGACUCCUCCUCCUCCUCUUCCUCCUCCCACAGCAGUAGUGAAAGUGCAGGUGUUGGCGUUUACCCACAACAAGAGCACAUCCAGCCCAUGCUGCCGUCCUGGUUGUACAACGACAGCCUCAUCCCAGAAAUGUUCAAGAAGGUUCUCGAGUUCACCAUGACACCGGCAGGGAUCGACACGGCCAAGCUCUACCCGAUCCUAAUGUCGUCGGGUCUUCCCAGGGAAGCGCUGGGACAAAUCUGGGCGACCGCCAACCGCACAACACCCGGCAUGCUGACCAAGGAGGAGCUGUACACCGUACUCGCACUAAUUGGCGUGGCGCAGAGUGGCCUUCCAGCCAUGAAUGUUGAAAUCCUCAGUCAGUUCCCGUCUCCGCCAGUGCCCAACCUGCCCGCCUUGGCUAUGACCAUGGCCCAGGUCAUGCCCUCUCACCAGCAGCCCAUGAUUAGCCAGCCUCCAGUCUCCAUGGCCAUGCCUUCACCAACACCACCAGUCAUGGCAAUGACACCUGCAGCACCAGCUCAACCGCCUUCAAACACCAAUUUCAUCGCCAGCUUUCCUCCUGCACAGACACAGGGAACCAAAGCAGAUGACGAUGACUUCCAAGAUUUCCAGGAGGCUCCAAAGGCAGGAACAAAGGACCACUCCUUCACUGAGUUCCAGGGGGAAUCGGGAGGAAGUUUCCCCACCACCAUUGCACCUCAGCACCAAAACAGUGCUCCUGUCAUGCUGACACCAGUGUCUGGCUCCUCCUCCUCCGCUGCCUCCGUGGCUUCCUCUGAUAAAUACGCCGUCUUCAAACAACUGUCUGUGGAUCCACCUGCAGAGCCCACAGCCCACACACACUCAGAUGUUGGAGACAAAUACAGCGUUUUCCGGCAGCUUGAACAACCUGCUGACAAGAAACCAGUCGGUGAAGGAUUUGCAGAUUUCAAGUCUGUCAGUGCUGACGAUGGCUUCACAGACUUUAAAACCGCAGACAGCGUCUCUCCUCUAGACCCUGCAGAACCGGCCAAACUCUUCCAGCCUGCCUUCCCUUCUGCUUUCCCAAACUCUCAGUCUCUACAACAGUUACCACAGCAACAGCAGCAGCCAGUGUCUCUUUCUCAGUCCAAAAACCCACUCAACAUAGCUGACCUGGACCUUUUCUCCUCAAUAGCUCCUUCUGUUCCUGCCUCCACUGAGACAAAACCCAGCAGCUUCCCCUCUGUGUCUGUCCCGCCCUCUUUAGUGCUCCUGCCCGGUGGAGCUAAACCUCCAGGAGGAGGUACGGAUGAUUUUGGUGACUUUGCCCUUUUUGGCUCCUCCUCUGACGCCGCUCAACCUUCGGCAGCAGGGGGAGCCUUGGCGGCGGUGCCUCAGGACGACUUUGCCGACUUCAUGGCGUUUGGUAGCUCCGGUGGAGAACCUAAAGGCGACAGCAGCAGCAGCAGUGUCGGAGUCCAAGGUGACCCGUCCACGCAGCAGCGGCCGCAGCAGAACUCGGACAAGUAUGACGUAUUCAAACAGCUGUCCCUGGAGGGAGGCCUCGCCUACGACGAUGCCAAGGAAAGUGGCGGCGGCUCCUUCUCUUCCCUCAGAAGCGACGCGGACGACUUCGCCGACUUCCAGUCUUCGAAGUUCUGCACGGCGCUCGGGGCCUCGGAGAAGACGCUGGACAAGGUGGCCGCUUUCAAACAGGGCAAAGAGGACUCGGCGUCCGUCAAGUCGCUGGACCUCCCGUCCAUCGGGGGGAGCAGUGUGGGCAAAGACGACUCCGAGGACGCGCUGUCAGUGCAGCUGGACAUGAAGCUGUCGGACAUGGGAGGAGACCUGAAGCACGUGAUGUCAGACAGCUCUCUGGAUUUGCCGGGUCUCUCGGCCCACCAGCCGCCCGCCACAGAAGGAGACGACCUGAAAUUUGACCCAUUUGGGACUUCGGGCCUCAGCACCUUGACCAGCUACGACUGGACGGAGAGUGGGGAAUGUCUGUCCACUGAGGUCAGAAAGCCGCAGAGCUUAGACAGCACUCCGCUUCCAUCUUUAGCCCCGACACAGAGGAAGGAGGUGACUGUCGGCAGCACUGAAGACAUCGCCACGGCACAGUUUGUCACCUCCUUCCCCACUGAGGACGCCAGCUCAUCUGCAGACGACAAGUUUGAACCCUUCGCCAACUUUGCCUCCGGUGAACACGGCGGUGGUAACGAGGACGACUUUGGGGACUUUGCAAGCACCGUCUCGGAAAAAUCCAACUCGCCAGCCGCCACGGCUGACAUCGGCUCCGAGGGAAACCAGAGCGAAGCCUCGGACGAGUUUGGCGCCUUCCAGGGCGACAAGCCAAAGUUCGGCAAGUCCGACUUCCUCAAAGCGAGCACGCAAGCCAAGGUCAAGUCCAGCGAGGAGAUGAUCAAGAACGAACUGGCAACCUUUGACCUGUCCGUUCAAGGUUCCCACAAACGCAGUCACAGUUUGGGUGAGAAGGAGAUCGGCCGCUCGCCUCCGUCUCCAGCUCCAGAGCAGCCUUUCAGAGACCGGUCCAACACCCUGAACGAGAAACCCGCGCUGCCCGUCAUCCGAGACAAGUACAAGGACCUGACGGGGGAGGUGGAGGAGAGCGAGCGCUACGCGUACGAGUGGCAGCGGUGUCUGGAAAGUGCUCUGGAGGUCAUCACCAAAGCUAACAACACUCUGAAUGGCAUCAGCAGCUCGUCUGUCUGCACCGAGGUCAUGCAGUCUGCUCAGGGCAUGGAGUACCUGCUGGGUGUGGUAGAGGUGUACCGUGUGACGUGCCGCGUGGAGCUGGGCAUCAAAGCGACAGCGGUGAGCUCCGAGAAGCUGCAGCAGUUGCUGAAGGACAUCAGCCGUGUGUGGAACAACCUCAUGGGCUUCAUGUCGCUGGUCAAGCUCGCCCCUGAUGAAAGCUCGCUGGAUUUCGCCGCCUGUGUUUUAAGACAUGGAAUUAAGAACGCUAAGGAGUUGGCCUGUGGAGUUUGUCUGCUCAACGUCGAUGCUCGCAGCAAGAAAAAAGAAGAGAGCACAAUUGGACGUCUGUUUAAACGAGCGUUCAACUCGGAGACGGACAACUUCAAGCUGCUCUACGGGGGACAUCAGUAUCACGCCAGCUGUGCUAAUUUCUGGAUUAACUGUGUGGAGCCCAAACCCCCGGGUCUCAUACUGCCUGACCUGCUCUGAGCUGCUGCUGCUGCUACCAUGGCAACAAGACACUGGGCUUAUCAUGAUCAGAUGUGUGCAGCACUUUUGGACAGAAAUCAAAAAAAGGAGGAAACGGAACUUUAAAAAAAAGUGGAAAACUGGAUCCCCUUUGUAUUUAUUUGUCUUUAAUUAUGAAAAUCCACAGACUCUGGGAGGCAGUGACAUCUGAAGGAGAAACGAAAACACGGAGCCACAGUUUUAAAGUUCUGAGAUCAAUAUCUCUUAAUCAAAACUCGUUUUCAUCAUGAAGGCAGGGACCAUCUACAAAUUACAACUCAAAACAGAUCCUUGAAAUGCCGCACAAAAAUAAAAAGUAGUUGAUAUUCAGCUAAAUGAAUCCCUGGUUUGUUGAAUAUGAUCAACACACACACAACUAAACCCUCAUGUUUGCUGUAUCUACUGCCCCCUGUGGUCAACUAGGCUUUCUUGAGGUCUUCGCAGACUAUAUGGGACAAAAAGUGCAGAUAAUUAAAAAUAAAAUGACGCGAUCCGACGCUGCGUCAAACGGUUGGUCUUCAACAACGCUCAGAAAAUGGCUCAGGAAAAAAAUAACAGUCGCAGUUUUGUUAUCGAUGUCGUCACACGUUCGAAAAAAUAUUCGGUGUGCAUUAAGUCCUCAAAGUCCACACUCUGCCGUCCCAGAAUCCUCCCCCUCGUUCUACAAACUUCGGAGCUGCCUCUUCAUCAUGUACGAUGUUUGACAUUGGAGGGGGAGCAUAAAUAUUAUAUUUAUUGUGUUAUUGUUACCCUUUUUGAGAAAAAAUAUAUGUUUUUGCGUGAAUGUUGCAUAAAAAACUCACACAGGUCAGCUGUGAUCGUUAAAACUAAAGAAUCAUCUUAUUUCAGUGGCUGGUAUUAAAAUUUUUGACUUGUGCAGUAUAGUUAAAAAAACACUGGAGGGCGACUUGUCAGAGAACAUUUUUUUCUUUUGCUCUUGCACUCUUUAUUUCCAGCUAGUUGUAUCACGAGCUUUUUAUCGUACUUGAAUUAAACAUUUUUUUUCCCUCCCUGUGACCUUUGACCCUCACUGCUGAGCUGGAAGUCAGGCAUCCUCCAUUGUCCGUGCGACUUGUGCUUUAACUGCGUCUGAAUGUUUUGCACUGUCGGCUCGUUUAAUUUGCAUUUGUGUUUUUCUGAUUUUUUUUUUCUGCAAAGUCUGGAAGAAUUGUGACUGUGAUUCUGCUGCAGCACUUUUGUUUUGUUUGUUUACGACGGUUUUCUGCCGUCGACUGAAUGUCGUGUAAAUAAAGAAAUACUUAUGUGUUAA